UUAUUUGCAGCUUGUAAGAAACAAGUGUGAUAGAAUACGAUUACAUCUCUCUCUUAUUAAAAGACACAAUAGACAAACAGUAGAGGAACAGAGAACAGCAGUCGCGGUGGCAGCAUCUCGCAGCACCUCGUCAUCAGCAAGGCCGAAACCUCGAAAUCCCACAAUUUGGGUUUCACACAAUUCGAUAUCCUCGAUUCUCUUCUUUGUUCUCUUUUCCUACCUCUCUUUGAUCCUAGACUUGAUCCAGAACUUAACUAGAUAUACACAUAGAGGUGAAAUACAGAUGGCCACGAUCUCAUCUGCCCCUACCUCUGCAGCGCCGGCGUCUGCUCCUGCGAAUCCGUUUGCGAGUAGCGUGCCUUAUGACUUUCAUAAUCCAAUUGUUUUUUUCGAUGUUGCAUUAAACGGCCAGAAACUAGGACGCAUCAAGAUCGAGCUGUUUAAAGACAAAGUGCCAAAGACAGCAGAAAACUUUCGUCAAUUUUGCACCGGUGAAUAUAAAGUGAAUGGUAUACCGCAGGGAUAUAAAAAGACCAGGUUUCACCGCGUGAUCAAGGAUUUUAUGAUUCAAGGCGGUGAUUUCUUGAGACAUAAUGGUACGGGCUCGACUUCGAUCUACGGCACAACCACAUUCGCCGACGAGAGCUUUGAACUAAAACACGAACCCUUCUCAGUCUCAAUGGCAAACUCAGGUCCCAACACGAACGGCUGCCAAUUCUUCAUCGCGUGCGCAGCGCUGCCGCAUCUGGACGGCAAGCACGUCGUGUUUGGCCGCGUGGUUGAAGGGCGGGACGUGGUGCGCAAGAUCGAACAUGUGCCGACGGAUGAUAAUGAUAAGCCUACGCCGUUUGAUGUCACGGUUGUGGAGUGUGGGGAGAUGUAGGUUUGGUGGUGCGAAAUUGUAAGAUAUGUGUGUAGUAGAAGAAAAGAUCGUUCAAAUAGCCUGAUAGGCUUUUUAAUACCCCCAACACCCCGAAUCAAAACACUUCAAUGAAUCAAAAACAUUUCUCAGUUUCAAAUCUAGUCUAAUCGACAUUGCUCUGCUUCAUUGUCUUGCUUUGUAUCCACGAAAGCCGUACUUCUGCACGGCGCACGGCCGGCUGCAGAGAAAACCAUGUGCGAACCCCACCACCUCGGUUCUAGUCUCGAGCCCUAUCGCAGAUAAAUAGUGAACCGCCGAUAACCACCGCGAUUGCUUCUUUUUGCCAAUUCUCCUACGCGAUCUUCAGUUAUUCAUACAGAUACAAUGGACACAAUCGAUCCUAAGUAUGUGUACCGCUUUCUUUUGUUGUAGUCACUGGCUGACCGGUAUGAUCUAGAUUCCGCCUCGCGGUAUUCUCCA